UCCGCUAAAUAGCCUACUUUUACACUGUUUAAACAACAGCUUGAUACGGUUGGGUUAUUGUUUGUUUUUUUAAACAGACUACAAAAUCUAUUUUUGGCGUUUGUAGUGUUUUGACGUUAUAUGUUAUUAUACGUCAGAAUCAAACCAAUCGCUCUUCCGUUUUUCGGCUGCAUACUUCUGCUGUUUUCUCAAUUCAUAAGAAAUAAAAAAUGGAUACCAAAAUAAAGAUGCCACAGGUCCUGAAAGCUAAAGUGGUGCUAUGGACAGAUGUAAGCUACCAUGACAUGGAGGAGAUAGACAAAAUGCAGUCCAUUCCUGAUCUGGAGAGUGCUUUAUGCAGUGUGUUAGGAGUUGACUUCCCUGAACCGAAAAGAGGAGUUCUGCUGGAGUUGUAUGUCCAGACUGUGCUUUUUUGCAGAGAAUGCAACUUCAAAAAGGAGCAAACUUCAGCUCUCUUGUCCAUCAUCAAAUCCAUCCAUGAGGCUAACAUAGAAACAUCACUCAACAACAUAGAACAGUGUUACCAGUACUGUAAGGAGCUGCUCCUCUGUCACUCAGUCAGGCGACCUCCCUUUAGUAUCAACCUCUUCAGCUCAGAGGAGGUGACCUGUAUAUUAAAGUACAUUUAUGACAGCUACGUGAGACACUACAAACUCUACAAAUACAUUUUCACCCCACAGGUAAGACUUGAUUUGUCUUUGAUUUACUCUGGGAUCCCAGACCAGGAUGAAUCUUCUGCUCUAGAUGUUGAAAAUGUGAUGGAAGCAGCACCAAAGACAGACAACUCUCCUCAGACACAGGAAACAUCCAUUGAAGAGCACACAGGAGCCGCACUGGGUAGGAUCACAAAUCAUCAAUGUAGAUGCAUCCCAAAUCUUGUAUUCUAACUGCUUAAUUUCUUCACUUUCAGGUUUAAAAUCAGAAUUGAAGUCUCUGAUCGAGAAAGAGGUCAGAGAACAGAUGACGCUCGUGUCUGGACAACUAGAUCAGCGAAUGAAAGACGUUGCAGAUCAGCACAACAGAGCAAGAGAUUCUCCAUAGCCCAACCACAAAGCCAAAAAGUAAUAGAUGAGAUUUUGAAUGAGCACAAAAUAUGACAAUUAGAGCUUAAACAUUAGUUUUAUUUUCAAUAAACCUUUUUUUUCAAAUACAGUA